AUGCGUCAGCUUGGAUUUUCGUAUAAAGCAACUGCAAAAAGUCCCGUGCUUCUUGAUGAAGUACAUUUUGUUGCUCAACGCGCGUCUUACUUUCGUUACCUCGACGAACUCCGUGCUGCAGGUGCUCUUAUAUAUUAUCAUGACGAGACGUGGCUGGGUGCUGGGGAGGAGAAACGUAAUAUUUGGGUUGAUGACCAAGGGAAAGGUCGGCUGCGCAAACAGGAUGGACAGGGAAAGCGCAUUGCCAUUUCGGCAAUGAUGGGAUUGGAAGGUUUCGUUGAACCGAUUGAUGUCUGGCAGUGCGACAAGGAUCAUGCUAUGAACAGUGAACGAUUUCACAAGUGGAUAGAAGAUGCUGCUUCUCGUCUUCGGAUUAAACAUGGUCCUGGUCAACCUAUUGCCAUAAUAAUAGACAACGCACCGUGGCACAAUGUAUUGUGUGAUGAUACCAAACCACCACAACGUGCUUGGACAAAAUAUAAACUCCAACAAUGGCUCACUAGAAAAGGUAUUGCAUGGGAUGUCAAAAUGUCCAAGACCGAGUUGCUCAAACUUGCAUUGUCAAAUGUACCACCGAAACGAUAUGUGACUAAUACAAUUCCCCGAGCCUUCGACGUCGAAAUCUUGCGACUUCCGACUCAAUCUAUUGAAUAUCAAUUCGAUAUGUUGAAAACACACAGAAUUCUUAUGGAUAUGAACCUGAUUAUCACUCGUUUUUAG